AUGACCAUCCAGCAAAACGGGCAUUCGAUAUAUCAUAGUGCAGCGGAUGUUACUUUCCAAAUACCGGGCUGGGGAUACAGCAAGAUCGUAUCGGAGGAAAUACCUAGUCAUUUUGCGACGGCGGGAAUGUCGCUCCAAGAUCAGGAGCGCCUCACCAAAGCGAAUCUGUCCCGUUUCAUCAUUGCGCAUAUUGAUCGUUUCAAGGACGCUGCAGAUGCCUAUGCGUUUGAGAAAGCGCGCCAAUUCAGUCGGGUCUACAAUCAUUUCGAUGACAAGGGGGAGUCGACUGUGACGAUCGAUCAGGUUGCUCAGUUCGUGUUUUAUGGACCGGAGGCAGUCGAGUCUCCGGACCAAACUCCAACUCCCGCUGAGCUGUACGCGACAUACCAGUUUCUGCUGAAGACAUCAGCGUUUUUCGAGCCUUCGAAAGGUCCCAGCAUGAGGAAAGGGCGAUCCUUCACUCUGAGAUUACGAAAUGAGGUGGAUGACAUCAGGUGGAUUUGGAAACAGCUUCGCGCUGAGAAUGCCGCAAUUCACCGCAAGGAGUCCUCUCCCCUGAACGAGUUUAUUGAGAAGUGUCAGACAUUGGUACACUGGCACCGCGACUCCGCACGGUUUGGAUCGGGCAAAGAAGACACACCCGCUCCUGAAGUGAACUUCACCGACUCUGAUCGAGUCUUCAUCUCAUCGUUACGAAAAGCGGCAACCCACUACGAUAUCCUUGGCAACCCGCACGUUCAAAUUGCCUCGAAUCUGAUCAGGAGGCUGCACCCUCUGUAUACUCUCCGCUAUGGAAAGAAUGCAAGUGGGGCAGAACGUCAAGCCGCGCAAUUGCUCAAAGAGAUCGGGGCUUUGACGCCUUGGGAAAACACAUCGAUGUACCGCCCGGGCGAACGGUCCCGCAUACGGACGUUGGAGGGUCAUGGGAUGAGCGCCUGGGCGGACGAUGUGGCAGCGGAGGCGCAGGAAUUGGGCAAAGACCUGAUCAAGUCACCCGAGUUCAUCUUUAACGAGCAAGGAAAGGUUGUCAAACCCGAGACGACGGCGGAGGAGAGUGUCAAGGAGACACCGCACGUCCCGAAGCAAUCUCUGCUAGAACUUGUCAAGUCGAUGAUCAUCCAUCCGGCCGGGCAAGAUGAGCUGAACUUCUACGCAACCGAUCCCUGCGCGGAAAUCCGCCGCGAUUUUGGAGACCUGCCCGUGUUCGUCAUCGACGACCCUACCGCCCACGAACUGGAUGACGGCAUGUCCGUGGAGAAGACUGCUGACGGUGACUUAUGGGUCCAUGUGCACAUAGCGGACCCGACUGCCUACAUCCCGCCAACCCAUCCGCUAUCGCUGACCGCUCAAUUACGCGGAAACAGUGUCUAUCUGCCUGAAAGGCAUUAUCCGAUGAUGCCAGAUUUCACGAGUAACGAGCGGUUCAAUCUUGGCAAAUCGCAGUGCGCCAUGACCUUCAGUGCGCGGAUCGGCGAAGACGGCGAGUUCCUGGAUUUCGACGUGAAGCCCAGUAUCGUCCGAAACGUGAAGAUCCUCUACUAUGACGACGUCGAUGAGGUUUUAGAUUGGACUGAUAUUUACGGGGUCAGAGAGCCUGCUAUGAAGCCAUCACCUUGGACGAGGCAGCUUUUGGAAGCCAAGGAUGCGAAGCCGGGAUUCCGCGGCGACACUGCUCCUGGAUUAGAUACCGAGGGCGUCGAACUACUGCGGUCCUUGCAGAACGUCAUGAAGCGCGCGGCAAGGGAGCGCACACUCAACGGCGGGUUCUACAAUGACCAAUGCGACCUCACCGUCAAGGUCAAACCGUACCCACAGCCCUUCACACCCGUCACCCCCGAGAAGCCCUUCUUCCCAUCCCGCGAAUCCUUCCCCACCAUCACGCUGAAACCCGACGCUCCUGGAAUCCUCAGCCCAGCGCACAUGAUGGUUGCCGAAUGCAUGAUUAUGGCCGGCCGCGUCGCCGCCAAAUGGUGCACCGAGCACAACGUCCCCGGCAUCUACCGCGGACAAAUGAGCAUUAUCGAGCACGGGCACAAGCUGGGCCGGAAGGAAGAAGCGACCCUCCUCAUGAAGAACGCGUACGCAGCGAUCGACAAACCCUCGGGAGUCAUGCCGUUCAUGGCGUACAUGAACUUGGUCCCACUCAUGCCCCCCGCCGCCGUCUCCGCCACCCCGAUCCCGCAUCUCAGCAUGGGCAUCGGAAACAACACCGGGUACAUGAAAGUCACCUCCCCGCUCCGCAGGUACAAGGACAUGGUCGCCCACUGGAACAUGAAAGCCAGCAUGCUCGGCCAACCGUACCCCUUCGGCCCCGAAGCCGUCGCGGAAAUCGCCACCCGCCUCCGCGAGCUCGAACGCCGCACAUCGGCCCUCAACAACCGUUCCAACCAACACUGGUCCUACGAAUGGCUCCGCCGGAAAGAAGUCCUUGUCCGUAAUGGUCAAGCGCCUGCGGAUGUCGUGGGCAACUGGGACAUGCCGUACGUCGACAUGCGCGAGACGGUCAAUUACCAGGAGGACUCGACGCUCCGUGAGAAGGGGCCCGUGUACAAGGCGUUUGUAACAAGCCUCUCGCCGGAUAAGAAGGCGCUGUGGACUGUGUUGACUGAGCUGGGCGGGAUGCGCGCGCGGGUCGAAGUUGGGUGGGAAGAGAAGGAGACGGAUGCGCUAGUGGGGCAGGUGAUUGAUGUUAGGCUGCAUAAGGUGGAUUCGUGGAAGGGGGUGAUACUCAUGAAAAAAGUGUAA